CCCAAAGGGUGGAAGAUGCUGGAUAAGGCCACCCUGCUCCUGUUCCUGCAUUUAGUCGCAUGCUCCAUCUCCUCUCCUCUCUACCCAGCUCUCAGGUACAGCCCAGGGCCAGUUCCUGGCAAGGCUGUGAACUUCCAGCUACAGCACAGCAGCCCAUUGCAGAGCCAUAACCCCCUGGCAGAGGAACAGGACGAGGAGGGUUUGUUAACAGACCCUGCUGAGAAAAGGAUGCAGCGCCAUGCUGAUGCCAUAUUCACUGACAACUACCGGAAAUUCCUGGGGCAGAUUUCCGCCCGCAAAUUCUUACAGACCAUCAUUGGCAAGCGGCUUGGAAGCAGCGAGAGCAGCCCGGGAGAAGGCGUGCGUGAAUUUCUGACAAGGCGCCAGUCUGACAGCAUCCUGAUGGACAGCCGCUACCACCAACAGAUGGUACUAAGGGACUUCCUAGGAGCCAUUCUGCAGAAUCAAAGGCCUCAGGACAUCAACAGCAGUCGGUUAGAAGGCUUUCCCAGCACCUUGGCUAAGCUCAUGUAA